CCUACCCACCCAACCUCUCCUGACAUAUUUAUAUAAGCAACAUGCUAUCUUCACUUGUUAGGGUCACUGGAUGGACUCUCAUUAACAUUAUCAUACCCUGAAUGAUUUCAUAAAUGCUUCGUCUGUUGUUUCAUAAGUCAAGAGGUGUAUAUAUAGGCGUGGUAGAUCAGCAAAUCGACAUUCUGUGUACUGAGGACUUCAUCUUACCUCCCAACCGUGGACUACCUUCACUAUCAUCCUAUUUACAAGUUCAACUGAGACUUUCAAAGAUGCGUUGGCUGGCCUUCUGCAUCCUAGUGGUGGUAGGGGUGACAGCCGCACAUGCUAAUUUUAUAGACAGCAUUGUGAGUCAGAUCAGCAACAUCUUUACCAGUCAUGAAGAGGCUACUUAUAACAUUUCCAGGACAGCUCCUGGGUACGAGGAGAGGGAGUACCCAGCAUCACAGUGGGCAUGUACAGAAGAGAGAGGUGACAGUGAUGAACAUACGGACAUCCUGUUCUGGCGGCUGUUCAAAUACAUCAGCGGAGAGAACAGAGGAAAGGAAGAGAUGUCCAUGACCAUACCAGUAACAACAGAGUUCACGUUAAGAAGCCCAACUGACAAGUCCUACACUAUGUGCUUCUAUCUCGGACGCCAACACCAGACUAACCCACCAACACCUACCAAUGCCCAAGUCUUCAUCCAGAACCGCCCAUUUCUUAAAGUCUUCACCAGGACCGUCGGAGGAUACGUGGAGAGCGAGAGCGAGUGGAUGGAUGAGGCAGGAAGGUUGGCAGCCAUCAUCCAAGAAAAUGGUCAGACAGUUUCACUCAACCACAUGUAUUGGGUUGGCUACGAUGCACCUCUCAAAUUCUGGUACCGCCGUAACGAGGUGUGGUUCCCUGUCAACUAACAAGACUACUGAGGCUGCGAGGGACAACCGUGUGUUUAUUAACUUUAUUUACCAACAAGGCCCUGCACUGAGCAUAAUAUUCAGACUGGAGGGCCCUGACCAGAGCAUAUUCUUCACCAUUCAGAGAUGUCAAAAGUUAUAUUUCAGCAAAAACACAAUGAUGUAUAAUGUAUCACAACAAAUAAUCGGGUUAAAUUAGUUACAAUGUAAAAAUUUUCAAUAAAGUGUCUGAAUUAGU